GAUCCGUGGUCUCUGCUCGGGGUCAAGCCCGGAGCGUCCGCGGAUGAGCUCAAGAAGGCCUACCGCAAGGAGGCGCUCAAGUGGCACCCCGACCGCCACCCCGACGGCCCGCAGAAGGCUGCCGCCGAGAAGAAGUUCAAGCAGGUAUCCGAGGCGUACCAGCAGCUCUCGGAG